AUGUAAUUUACUUUAGUGUUAGAUUUAGAUGAAACCUUAGUACAUUAUUAAGAAUUAGAAGAAGGCGGUGGUUAAUUUUUAGUAAGGCCUUAUGCAGAAUUAUUUUUAGAAACUAUGGCAAAAUUUUACGAAAUAAUAAUUUUUACUGCUGCUUUAAAUGAUUAUGCUAAUUUUAUUUUAGAUAUAAUAGAUGUUAAAAAAUCAAUUGCUCAUAAAUUAUAUCGUUAACAUACUUUAACUUAUAAUGGAACAUAUAUAAAAGAUUUGACUGUGAUUGGGAGAGAUUUAAAUAAAGUUAUUAUUAUUGAUAAUACAGUUGAAAAUUUUUAAUUAUAACCUGAAAACGGAAUUUGUAUUUAAUCUUGGUAUGGAGAUCCUUAAGAUAGAGCACUUUUAGAUUUAAUACCUAUUUUAAAAGAUGUUGCAACUAAAAAAGUUAAAAACGUGUAAUCUGCACUAAAAUAAUUUAAAGAAAAAAUGAUAAAAAAUUGUUUAAAAGGAAUAGAAAAUCCACAUUUAAAUCUAAGCUUAGAUGAAGAAUAUGAUUGA